AAGAAUAAUUAUAUUUGGUUGAUGACAAAAAAGAAAUACAUUAAAAUGAUUAAAGAUAGAAACAUGAUGAUGAUUAUAAUUAAAACGGUUAUCCACAUGAUAUAUUGAAUUUCUUUGGUAAAUAUUCAAUGAAGCAUUGCUGUCCUUGGCAUUGUUUUAACUCUGCAUGACCAAUGAAGGAAUUAAAACUGAAAAAACUGGUUAAUUUACAAUGUUGAUUCUCACUUAGACUUAACAUUUUUACUGUUUACAAAUCAAUCUAUCGAUAAACCCAUUUUUUCCUAAAAAAGGGUUGACCUUUUACUUGCAAUGUUUACAAAUGUGUGUGUUGAAAAAUGUGCGUUCAAAAAGCAACACCAGUGAUUAGUUGAACCUCAAACCUUAUCAAUUGUGAGUUGAGUAAAUAGUUAAAGUAAAAAUAAAAGUUCCAAGGUUGAUUAAUCAUUUUUACUGUGUUCACAGAGAGACUGGAGAGAUUCUGUGAGAUUCUGGUUAGACUCGGUGUUGGUUUGGUGGGAAUAAACAAUGUUAUCAAUGGUUAAAGUGACAAUUAAAGUGUUUCCCAUUAUCAUCUUUGACUCAACACAAUAAAACCCAAACACAAGUGUAUCCAUUUCAUUGCUCUGUGUUAAUCCAUUCACAAUCCUUUUCCUACUCACAGAUCUUUCAACUUUUCCCUUCCAGUCUUCUUCCUUCUUCAGUCAUCUUACUUACCCAUCAUCUUUCUUCCUCAUCUAUCUUCCCUCUCACCCUGUUGAUCCAUUGCCAAAAAUUAAAUUUAAAAAUGCCACUUAUCAAGGGUUCAAGUUGCGGAAUGGCAACCCAAGUUAACGUCUAAACCCAACAUCGACUGCAGUCUAACCACUCGCUUUUUACCAUGUUUUUUAUAAUUUUAUUUUCAUCUUUUUUAAUUGUUGUAUCCUCAUCAACCAGGAUAUUAUCAUUAUUAUCAUCUUUAUCUUCCCUCUCAACCUCAUCAUCAUCUUUAAAUAUUAGUGAAACUUGUUUUCAAUCAUUAAAAACUUACUUUAAUCAAACAAAUUCAACACAACCCGUUCAUAAUGAUUCUCAAAUUUCACCAAUUUUAUUCAUCAACAAUCUCAGAUUGUUUGGUUCCUAUGAUGAGUGUCUCAGUAUUGAUGUAAAACAAUCUAAUAAUCUUUCCUUCCAUGGAGUUUACUGUAGAGCAAAGCUUAAUGUUUCCAAUCUUAACCCAUUACACCCAAAUGUAAGUGAACAAAUGUCAAUGGGUUUAUGUGCACCUUCAACCUGUUCAACAAUGGACAUUGAAAAUCUGUUAGCCAUUCAAAAUAAUGUGAUAGAGGCAAAGGUUUUAUCAUGUCAUGGUCGAUCUCCGGAAACUCUGGAUUCCUCUGAAAUAGUUGUCAUCUGUGUUCUGAUAAUUCUUGGUUUGGUCGUUCUUCUUGGAACUUCAUUGUCAACCUAUUUUCGUUUAUGUGGCCAUAAACCUUUUCGCAAACGAGCCAAAAUUUUGAUUGCAUUUUCUGUCUAUGAAAAUUCACUAAAGUUAAUGGAUCCAAAAACAUCCGAUAAAAACAUUUCAUGUCUUUCUGGACUUCGUUUUAUUGCUCUCUGUUUCAUUGUUUUGGGCCAUACAUAUUCAUAUCACAGUCAAAUCUCUAUUGUUGAUCCUGAAUCUGUUCAGAUAGAAAUUAAAAAGCUGUGGUUCCAAGUGUUUUUAAACUUUACUCCAUGGGUUGAUACAUUCUUCCUGAUCAGUGGUUUAUUGGUCACUUACGGAGGUCUGGAUAGUUACAAGAAAAUCUUUACAAACGACGAUUCCAUGCUUAAAUGUGCAGUCAACUCGAUGAAGACAAUGGGAGCUUCAAUAGCUCAUAGAUAUUUAAGAAUGACUCCGACAUUGGCAUUUACAAUCUGUAUUUACAUUGUUGCCGGUAAAAUUGGUUCAGGACCUGAAUGGAGUUUCAUGCAGAGUAUCAGUAAUCCUUGUAAAUUAACUUGGUGGCGGAAUCUCAUUUAUAUCAACAACUUUUUUUCAUCCAAUGUGUGCAUUGGACAUACUUGGUAUUUGGCUGAUGAUUUUCAAUUUUAUAUCUUUUCUACUUUUAUCCUUGUUCUUUUAUCAUCAAGUGUUCCAGUGGUGGGUUUAUCAAUCAUUGGAUCAGCCUUGUUUGCAUCAAUAAUGGCAACCGCAGUAACUACAUUUGUAACCCAUUCAUCAGUCACUCCAUUAGCUGUUUCAAUCGACGGCUCAUCUCAGACUAUCCAAGAAGUCCACCUUUAUAUUUGGCCUUUUUUCCGUGUCGGACCUUUUCUUAUUGGAAUACUUCUUGGCUAUGUUAUACUCAGAUAUGGAGAUAUUGGAAUUUCCAAGCGAAUCAAUGUUUCUCUCUGGGUUUUAUGUCUAUCAACUGUAACUGUCGUUACAAUGGCAUCUUAUAGAUGGACAAAUGGCCAUCCAGCUUCCUUAUUUGAAUCAGUUGUGUACAGCUCUUUACACCGAAUUAUUUGGUCAAUAUGUUGGUCUUACAUGAUUGUCUCAUGCCAUUAUGGUCAUUGUCCACUCGUCAAUAACCUACUUGGAUGGAAAGCUUUUGUUCCUCUCGGCAAAUUGACUUAUCAUGCUUAUCUCAUUCAUUUGCUUUUCAUCUACAUGCACAUUGCUUCCAACAGGACAACAAUCAACUUCUCACAUUACAACAUGUUCAUAUUAUAUUUAGGCUAUCUAACCAUAUCCAUGCUAUUCAGCUAUGUUUCUGCCAUUCUGUUCGAGUUGCCAUUUGCCAACCUGGAAAACAUCUUCUGGCCCAAGAAGUUAACUGAAACUGUACAAAUCAAUGGACAAAUAUCGGCCAGUCAAUCAACUGGCUUAUCAAACAAUUACCAAAGUGAGACAAUCGACGAUCGGUUUAUAAACAUUUUUCAAAAACCAGAAAAUCAGAACAAUAAUGUUUUGGUUUAUUAACGAUCAACCCUUCAAAGUAAAUAGUUGAAAUUUUCCAACAAUCAAUAUGUAAAUUGACUGUGAAUAAGUUUCACUAUUUAUCAUUUUGUAACAAUACAUUUUUCAUUGUGAUUACCUCUCGAGUCUUAACCGUUUAAUUGUGUUAAUGAUGACUCUUUUUGUUUACCAUUAAUCGAUUAAUUUCUUUCUUUUUUUUCUGAUUCUACCAUUGUAAAUAAAAUCUAAUUAAACAAGAAUUUUUUGCUAAAUAAAGAACAACCUUGAAUAC